ACGUUCUGUUUACGUGACAACCCUUACUUGUUGGCUGUGUCAGGUGGUGGCGGGUUUAACGACACAUUUAGAUAUUUAUGCGACCUAACCAAAAAACCCCUCUUAUAGAUUAUAUUAUGAGUUCCAUAAUUAUCGACAAUGCAUAACAAACAGCCGAUUCCAACAUUCUGUGCGGUUAUUUUUCACGUUUAACCCAUCGUACUUUUUCACGUUGCGCAUGCAAAGAUAUCUGGCACGUUAAUUGUAUUCAGCAUCGCUGUUAAAUUAUACAACGUGAGAGUUCACACUUGUAUCAUUAAUUCCCAUGUGAUUGUCACUGCCAUUGAAAAUGUGAUGCUCCUGCCACAUUACAAUUGUUUGACUCUACGCAUGCUUGGUGUUGAAUGUCACUUUAACAAAAAAAUAUUUUUAAUAUGCACAAUAUAGAUUUCUUUGUCGACAUUUUUUUAAAAUUCUCUUCAUGUCACGACUGAAUUUGCAACUUAUAACCGUGUCGACUUGGUUUUACAGAAAUAUUUGUACCUAAAUGACUGAUUAUAUUUAUGUUUUAAUCUGAUGAACAGAGGACGUUUUAAUUCGCCACGUAAUACGCUGUUAAAUUUAAAUGUGUAAUUUAAAUGAUGUGCUCGUAGGCAGUGUGGCACUUAGAAUGUGAGAGUUUCUACAGGGUCAUCAAAUAUUGUGAUUACUUGGUAAUUUUCUACAGGCUGUCAGUAAAAACCAGACAUUACUUUCUGUCGGUAAAAAGCCAGAAAUUGAAUUCAUUAAUGCCAAAAAACUCAGCACAAUAGAUGAUGUAGUUACAUUGCAAAUCGUUAGUACUUAGGAUAUGCAUUUAUUGAUGGGACGUUUAUAGUUCAACAAAAUUAAAUAGAUAGGAGACAGCGUUCAUUAAAUAUGAUUUUAUUUUUGCACUGACUUAAGGUUCUUCCAGGCAGCACAGCUGCAAGGACACGUCUCAGUUCUUGUUCCAGUGAUGGUAGAAAGUCAUGUGACAUUCACGCAGUUGACCGUACUUCACCACGCUGAUCCGUGUGGGUUGGUGAAUGUUGCAGCGAGAUGCGGGACAUGGCUACUUUCACUCGCCGCUGAUGUUAGCCGUGGCCGUGAAUUGAACUCGGGCCACCGGGUUCAUAGUGUAGCGCCAAAACCACUGCACCGCCACUCCAUCCCAAUUGACACUUAUACCAAACGAUUAUCAUAUAUAAACCUUAUUGCAUAUGGCAACAACAUUUAGACAUGGGUGAACACGUUUUAAGUUAUUCUCACUGGUUGAGUAGUACACAAUGUGGAAUUGUUCAAACACGGAAGUUUUGAACAUCAAGAGGGGCUCGUUAGCAGCUUAGAGUGUGUGCCACUGUAUGCCACUACGUGCGUGGAGAUGCGUAGCUGCCGGUAAAUAAAUACUACAGACAUUGAUUGGACAGCCCUUUCCACCGAUUAGAAAUACUUUUGUCCAGAGCAAACAAAUGCAUGCUGGAAUAUAGACUCUCUAGACAAAUACAUUGUAAUGUGUCAUUUUAGUUUUGGGUUGAUGGCCAGUUUGUGUAUUUGUUAUUGCGUGUUAGCCAAACUUUUGGAAUCGCAAUCACUCAAAUGCGUAUUUAUACGGCAUCUAAAUGCGACGGCAUCCCAAAGAGGCUGUACAGAAUCGGUGGGCGUGUUCAUUUCACGGAGAAUUAGGCCUUCCCGACAUCAUCAUCGUUGUCCAUCUCAUUCGAUGAUGGUCUGCUCCAUCUUUGCUGGUCAGCGUGUCGGGGUGCUCCCCCUUUCAUGGCCGAGCGGCCCAGUCCUCCCAACGGCCAGAUCCUCCCACAAGUCAGACACUUGUGCCUCACCGUAGGGGACUUCUCAGUCGCUGCUGGCUGGAGUCGCCAGUCGGUCGUAGGCAGAGGAGAAAAAGAGUCGAGCCUGGAGUUGAUCCACAGGCGUUGGGUUUGAUUACUUGUCGUGGCAGCUGACGCUUCGGUGCAUCUAUUGCAACGGCUAGCAAAUGUUAAGAUAUGCCUGGCUUGAAAUGAAGUGAAGUGUUAUAUCCAUAGCUCCUCACACUCGUGUAGGAGCAGAGAUGCAACGUGUACAAUUUACAUGAGGGUAUUGACCAUUAUUUUCCUAAACCGCACAGUGUUAAAUUUGGUGACCCUGUCAAAGUUCUUACUAUCGUUUUUUUUUUCUUCUAGGCAACAUUUUCAAUUAAAGCAUUGACUCAAGCGAGUCCCAUUUUUAACAUGGCACCCCGACACAUUUCACGGUAGUACCGCGCUUAUUGUUCGUCGGCAACGACACCUCCCGAUGUUUUGCCGCCCACUGAAUUCGUAUUCCCGUAGGAAGCUUCCCAGUGAAGCGCGGCGAAACAUCGGGCGCGUGGCAACGACCCCGAAAACGCGUCGGGAGGGCCGUGCAGCACAACCGCCGGAAAACCUUCACGGCGGCGUUGCAUUUUUAGGGAGCUACGCUUGACUGGUGACGAUGGACGUAGGGACGAGCGUGUGAAACGACUCGUCCGGACGUCCUUCCCCUUUCCAAUCGGUUUUCCGCUGCUUGCUUGAGAAGCUGAUGAUGCUGGCGGUGGCCAAGCAAGCUGUAAUGAAACCGUUUUUCUGUAUCAUACGAGCCAAAUUUCCUGCGUAAUCCCUCGUGACCCAUGUGUGUGUGUGUUGCCGUUGCAGGAGAGGGGUUUUACACGUGGCUCGAAGGUCUGUGUCUGGAGAAGAGGGUGUUCUACCGUCUCAUCUCGGGUCUCCAUUCAAGUAUCAACAUUCACUUGUCUGCCCAGUACCUCGUGGAAGACGGCUACAGCAAGGCCCACUGGGCGCCCAACGCCAAUGAGUUCCGCAAGCGCUUCGACCCGUCGACGACAAGGGGCCAGGGCACGCGCUGGCUACGCAACCUCUACUUCCUCUACCUCAUCGAGCUGCGCGCCAUCUCCAAGGUGGCGCCCUUCUUCCUGCGGCCCAGCAGCAACCUGUACACGGGCAACGCCAAAGAGGACCACCAGACCAAGGAGCUGCUGCUGCAGAUCCUGCAGCUCGCCAAGGAGUUCCCGAUGCAUUUUGACGAGACCGCGAUGUUUUCCGGUAACGAGAAGGAGGCGCAAUUACUCAAGGAGGAGUUCCGGUUGCACUUCAAGAACAUCUCGCGGAUCAUGGACUGCGUCGGCUGCGACAAGUGUCGCUUAUGGGGAAAGCUGCAGACGCAAGGGUUGGGCACGGCGCUGAAGAUCCUGUUCUCGGAGAGGGAGAUACGGAAGCUGCCGAAGCAGGGGCCCUACCCUCCCUUCCAGCUGACUCGGCAAGAGAUCGUCGCUCUCAUCAACGCGUUUGGGCGAGUGUCUACCAGCAUCAAGGAGUUGCAGAACUUCAAGGAAAUCUUGAAGGAUUCCAUGUGAACUCCGCCUCCACCACAGUUGUGAUUUUCAGGACUACUCACCGCACUAUUUAUUCUGGUCAGAAACUGAGAAUAUUCUUGCCCCUCGCCCUCGUAAUUUUAAAACAAAAUACGAGCACCAUUCGGCAGGGAUUGUGAUAUUUCCAUUAAAAGGGGGAUGGACCGGUGAGGCAUGUCUGAUUAAAAAAACACAAAAGGAAGAAAUAAUAAAUGAUUGAUACAGGUGUACAAAGUUACUUUCCUAAGAUGUUUAACCCCCUUGAUGCGGUGUUGUGCAGGGGUUAUAGUUUACAUUGUGCUUACUGUGCUUGUUAUAUGUGACUGGGAGCAAUGAGAAAGGGAAAAAAAAUGCAAAACAAUAAUUGUAAAUUUAAGUUUCUACUAUAUAUACUGUAAUUGAAUGGCCUUAUGAAUAUUAAUGCUUCAGUAGCAUUCUGUCUCGGAGCGACGAUGUCUUGGGACAUUUUUUUGACGAAUGAAAAUGAAGUGAAAAUGUAUUCUCCAAAAUAUCGCAAAAUGUUUGAACAUUGAUGGUUGUUUGAGAGCGGUUUCUUUUCUGGUUGUCACGCCGCGUGCCCUUGCCAUGCAUUGUCACUUGUGUUUGCCACCUUUGAGACCUUUUUGGCAUGCCCGGCAGUUCUGUGUUGUACAAAUUACCCAUGUAAAAUCGUAAAAAUUGCACUCCACGUCGCGACCUAAUAGAAUAUUCUUAUUGUCAAAAACGUAGGAAGGCGUUCACGGUUAACUAUUAAGGACCAAACCCAAUUACAUAAAACAUCUUAUUGGAUUACUUAUCCCCCAAGAUGCAAUGUUUUUGCCACUGGGAACUGAAAACAUGGACACAUUUUUCACGGUGAUCUCGUGGCGUCUCGUUUGAUGCGCAACAUUUUGUGGGUACCAUUUAUUAUGCUGGGGAGGUGGUGGAGAAAUGCCAAAUUGUGAAUCGAUGGCUCAAAUAUUCCAUAAUCCUUAUCGCGUAAUUCCUGUUCUGUCACUUUGAUUUAAAUUCAGCAGUUUGGCCAAUUGAUGGACAAAUUGAACGCGAGUGUACGUACAGGCCGUUUGUCGAUGCACCGCAGGUGAGAGCCUCCUUACACCAUGCAGCCUGUGGCGGCGGUGGGGGGGGGGUAUUUGAACUUCACCACCCUGGUCUGCGCAAGUCGGUGAAGACGGGGAGCAUAUCUGUCAAAAAAAAUAGUCCUCAAUGACCAAGACGAAAAUGUUAUGUAUUUAGAAUUAGAUACAUUUCAUUAAAUCAGGAGAUUGAGCUACACAUGACAUUCCAUCCGAUCACAGAUCAGGAAAUCCACUGAAAACAAUGGAUAGAUUGCCCCACACCGGCAUUGGGCAGCUCCCAGUCAACCUGGAACAUUGGGCCAACAUUGGUGGAACGCUUCCAACCACAUGUUCAACGUUGGCCCAACGUUGCGUGUUUAACUGGGUGAAGGAAAAACUAUUCUGUUUUGGAAAAUGGAAAUGUUAUUUGACAUCAUCAUCAGCCCAGCAGCUGCUGAAUGAAGGCCUUUCCAAGCGGUCACCAUCCCACAGUUACACUUUUGAUUCGUACUAAAUUGACGUUAACCCUGUGAGUGUCCAACCACUGCUGACAAACGAAGGCUUUUGAAAAAUAAAAUCGGGCAUUUGAUAACCAUGUCAUCAUAAAAUUGGAUAUUUCGGGCCGGUCAGACACAGAAUCUGGUGUAUAGGUUUGACACCUGCGUAGGCUUUCGCAGUUGUGCCGUGUGGCCCUGCGAUGUGUUUUUGGGUCUGCUGCCCUGAUGUACAACUUAUCUCUCCGCAUGCGGGGGGGAGCGAAAUGGCGGACGUCGUGGCGAAUAACACGCAGGCUUCACUUCAUUUAACACUUUGUUUUGGCCGCGACACAUUUUGGCAAUACAAAUCGCAGUGCGUGAUGCUUGUGGAAUGCACGGCACACACGACAUCGAGUUGAUGGGUCAGCGGUGGAGAAAACUGGUAGUAAUUAGGGGUGUGAGCAUGAAUGCGUUGACUUGUCUGACAUUGCUUCCCACAACAUACGGAGUCGUAGUAUGGGCAUGUUGUAGUCCGCCGCCUCGCGUGAUUCUUUCGCUAAAUCUCGGUUUCGUCUGCACGUGGAAAUUGCUGAGGCUUUUGGAACCAUGUACCGGCUGUCACGUAAUUAUUAAGAUUGAGGCCAUGUGCAUGUUGUGAACCCGACCGUGUGUGCCGUCCAUACCUGAACAGGUAUGUUUUGCAUCCGUUGAUAUUCAUGUUUGUGUUUUAAACGAUACAAGCAGCAGAAGAAAAAUCAAGGCCAACCCGUUAAUUUUUUUUUUUAUAUAUAUAAUAAGCUUUCGAUGGAAAUUUUCUGAAUAAAUGUUAGUGCAGAUGAUAGAUUUGUAAUUAACAAACAGAAAUUGACAGUUUCGGAACAUUUGCCCAAUUUUAAAACGCUUCAUGUAAUCCUAAAGUACGCCCAUCAUCAGUGUGUUAAGGAAUAUUAUUUGCGUUUAUUUAGUGCUUAAAAUACAUCGUUCAAAAGCGCUUUGAUAUUAGAGGUUGUUUGAUUAAAGAUGUAAAGCUAUAUGUUAUAAAUAAACAUACUUUGAAUAACCAAAGCAUGUGGAAUUAUAACAUUACUUUUAAUCUUUGAAUAACCAAGGUAUGUGAUAACUACAAUAUAGCAUAAAUUUAUACCACCCAUAUGCUCAUUAACUUUAAUUUGUCAUUCCUGCAAGACAUUUGGAAUGUUGACAUUGCAACUUGCGACAUUGGUUCCGUACGGUCGUUGGAUUUCGGUGAAAGCAUCCGAGACUGAAUGAGCCUACAAUGGAGAAACGUCCCACACACCAACCUGAAUGGGCUGCCUUGUUACCAUUUCACAGUCUUGGACACAUGCAAAUGACGCGCCACCAUCGAUACUGUAAAUGCCUAAUACUGCACACCUUCCGUUUUGGAACCUUUGGUUAAUACAUUGUUCACAUCCUCACUGUUUUAGCUUUGUGGUAAUUAAUGUCAAAAAGUGAUUGGGAAAAAAAGUAGAUUGUUUAAACCUAAAUAUGAAAAUGUAAAAAAAUAUAUGCAUCGUGGGUGAAUGCAAUAGCAUGUUUGUACUUUAUUUCAUUGAUGUUUUGUAAUUUUGAGGGGUUUUUUUUUCUCUCAUGUACGUAAAGCCAAAGGUGGACAGAAAAUUAUAAAUAGCAGGGCAUGACAAUAUUCUUCCAAAUCUACGAUCCAGUCCUGGUGAGGGGCAUUGGAGUGCUCUCCACGAGUCUCAACGACCAACGGGAAGAGAAGACCUAAGAGCAGAAGACGGGAUAAUGUCAAGGCAGACCUUUGGGAGGUCACCACGCAGCAGCUACGGGAACUGGCGGAGGGUACAAAGCACUGGCAAUGAGCUGUGGUGGUGGUGGUGGUGGCAUCUUGAUCCGUCUCAAAAUUUGUUUUGUUAAUACGAACCUUCACCCGGCAUGGUGCAAGUUAGGACUCGUUUGAUGUGAGCUCCUUACAAAUCCUGAUCCGAUUUUAUUGGCAUGUGUUACUCUUAAGAAAUGCAGUAUGCGGAAACAAUUUUGGCUAAGUGUAACCUUUGAAAUUGUUUAUUUCAAUGAAGGAAUUCUAAAAGGUAUUGGCAACCUAAUGCUAGGUUUAUUUCGGAGCGCUGUCUGAAUCGUAGGAGUUUAUACGGCACGAUUAAUAGCUGCAACAUUUAAAAAAAUUACAUAAGGAGCGUGCACAUUUUUUUAUUUGAUAUUUUUUACCUUGGAUGCAAAUACUUGGUUUUGACAAACUCUACCCCCCAAAAAACCCUUAUUUUGUAGCCAUCAUUGGUUUAUAUUUUAUAACGGUAGUUGCUUAGUCUACGCUUGUGGUGACGAAAAUUACGAAUCGAUGCAUAAUUGGUUAUUUACAGCAAAAAAAAAUUCCCCAAAAGAAUGUUUAAAAAAAUGUAUUCACUAACAGCGCAUCACAGCAGUCUCGCAAGAUUACAUUGGGCAAAUUAUUCUGAAGUUUGUUUCAGUAGGCCUUAUCUACAACAAGGGCACACCACCUAUUCCUUUGCAACGAGUGUGCAUCUCGUGUCAAACCGAUAUGUUCAUUCCGAAGCGAUGGAUGAAGCUCAAUUUAAUUAAGCAAAAAAAUGCAGACUAUGGUUGUUAUUGUGCAGUCAUUGGGAAACUCGGAUGAGACCACGAAUCUGCUGCACUUGAAUUUUAUUAACCAUGGGUGGCUGAAACUAGGAUUACAACCUAGGAUCUCAGUGGUGUCAGACCCAGUGCCCUGAAUCACCCCCCCCCACCUCAUGAGCAAUCUGGCCACUUCAUGGUGUAGCGAAACUUGGAUUCGUGCAAAUUCACGGUUCCGCAUCGUCAUACAUUCUCUUAUCUUGAGAGUAAAAGACAUGAGCAGCAACUUGUUAGAUGGCUGUUGUUGCGUCACUACACUAUAGUGUAAUAAUACUCUAAGAACAUGUCUGAAGGGAAUCGUAAAUGCAUGCAGAUUUGUAAUUGAUGCGCGACUUAUACCUUGAUUUGAGCAACAAUUUGUAUUUUUCUCUCCACCAUCGGUUUCUUUAUUAUUUCAGUCAUUUGGGUUAUAUACUUUGUACAGAAAUGAUAUCAAAAUGUUUUAAUUGAUGUUCUUCAAUGUGUGAAUUCCUUAAUAAUUCCAAGAACGAGUUGCUCCAUUUCAUUUUGCUUGAGUUUGCUUUCUGUCUCCGCUGUUCGCUUUUUUCCCCCCCAAGCUACCACUGAAAACGUGUCGCACCGUGGUGGUAGGGGGACUGCCUUUGCGUCUUUAACCACGUGACCUGUAUCGUGCAUCUUCUUCGCACACGUGGAGCACGUGAUCUUAUUUUUUCUCUCUCACCACCUGUGUUUUUGGAACGGGUUGCAUACCGAUUUGCCCAGGUUCAGUCCUCGACUCGUGUUCGUAACUUGAUUCGUUAUCACGCUCGACCUUUAAUCCAACAGAGCUCGUCGGUUCACGCUACCGACGAGGCAGCGGAAGCAACGGUGUGAUUCAUUUUUCUUUAAAUCGCCACCACCGUUGUCCACCGAGCCAUUAUAAAUGGGUCCACGGAACUUGGUUCCGAUCGGCAGGGUCGCCUGUGGUGGGGUAGAGUGUGGGUACUACUCCCCACCACUUUCAAGCCGUCUGGCUAGCAUGGGAGGCUUGGCAAAAUAUUCUCGAGAAGGGCUCUAGAGGCACCGGUAGUGUGGUGUUGACCGAGCACUUACAGGGCUGUACCUUGACCUUCAUUGUUUACUUUAGCUAUUGAAACGAGUUUGUGGUUGUGGCAAGCCACGUGUAAUGCGACUGCUUUGCAUGUAAACCAUGCAAAAGUAGCACGGGUGUAACACCGGCCAUUUACUCAACAAGUGGCCCGGCUCAACGGUUUGCAACAGCUGUGCAAAUAUAAAAAAAAUCGUGCAGUGAAUAGAAUUAUUGCAAAGGCUUGUCAACUGUCCCGGAUUUCCCAGGAUCGUCCACUUGUCGAGCUGGCUGCUAUCCUGGGAAAGUGGGACAUUCAUAGUUCUGAUGUUGAGUCCUGUAACGAUAAUGCACCACUCAAGACGAUGCAUUUGCAUGUAGGAGUGCUCCCCUCUUCCGGUAUUUUGAGAUCAAAUCAAAUCACAAGUGCAUUUGGCAUUUGCGCCGUUAGUAUAGCGCAAGGCUAUCGCGGAUGCACAGUGUUGCAUAGAUUGGUAGAGUCUGCAGUAGUUCCAUAUAGUGGGAUACGAUAGAGUAAUGUAGCCAUGUAAUAGUUGCUCUCUCGAGAUAUAUUCUGCUUCCUGCCAUGGUUUGCCCUGGUUCUUGUACCUCUAAAGGUGGCAAUCUUGCUCAUGGGUGCAACCCAGAUCUAUUUCGGUGAGACUGGAGUCACGGAUAAGUUAAUUCCCACUAACAUCGCUUGGUGUCUCGGGCGUCAGUUGGUUUCAAUUAAACUCAAAUGUGGUGUUCUUUAACAUUUCAUCCCCAGGAUUUGCUGCCUCUUAAGUUGUUGAUAUUUACUAUUCUUGUUUGCAGCAGCAGCCUCUUGUGCUUGAAUAUUGUAUUUUAUGUGAGCAGGAUUAUUGUUGAUUAAAUACAUUUUCCUCAAACCA